AUGCCUAAAGCUAGUGCCACCAAGAUCAUUUCCCUUUCUAUCUUCUCCCUUCUCACCACUGCUUCUGCCUACACAACCGUAGGCUGCUAUAGCAGUCCCGGCCAGCUAAUCUCAGCGGGCACCUUUCAAUUCCAAUCCGAAGGCUACUGCCAGCAAAUCUGCACGAAGCAAAACAAGCCCAUCUUCGCCCUCCACAACGGCGACGAAUGCUUCUGCGGCGAUGCAUUGCCCCCUUCAACAGCCAAGGUCUCUUCCACACAAUGUCAAACCCCUUGCUCCGGAUUUCCAUCUGAUCCUUGCGGCGGCACCAAUGCAUGGCUAAUCAACAACUCCACCACCAUCUCGCAGCCCACAACCGACAACAACAUCGUCACAGAACUGAAACGUGAAUCCACAGACAACGUCGAGAAUGGCAUCGUGAUUGCCCCGGAGUCCGAUGACUCCGACUCAUCCUCAGGCAACUCCAACUCUCCUGAGACCAUGACAGUCAAUCCUACCAUGGUGGAGACCGGCAUCCCUAUCGCCCCCAGCUCCGGUGCAGACGGAGGCGCAGCUAAAUCUACCAUCCCGAGUGUAAUUCUUACGGCGCCAUCCAUGACGGGCGUCACUGUUCCGGCUACUGGUGCUGCUGCGGCGUCGUCUAUGGUUGUUGCGGCGUCGUCUGCUUCGGCGUCUGCCACGGCUGCUGCAUCCGGAGCGGCGAGCAGUGGUUCGGCCGCCGCGAGCCCAUCAACUAGUGCGGGUGCCGCUGCUGCUGUCGCUGGUGCCCCUGUUGGUGGGAUGAUCGGGGGUGUGGUUAUGGCGGCAAUUGUUGCGCUCGGACUGUAG